AUGCCCUGCUGUAUUCAUGGACCAGAUGAACCGCUCUUUCCAAGGACAGCUCAGCCGUUGACUAAAUUGAUGAAGAAGGAGAGUAAGUUCCUGUGGUCCGAAGAGUGUGAAAAAGCAUUCCAAGAAAUGAAGAAGUGCCUCACUACCGCUCCUGUUUUAACCCUGCCUACUGAAGGGGUUGGGCAGUUGAAGGUGCAUGAAAAGAACUACCCUACUCAUGAUUUGGAGUUGGUUGCUGUGGUGUUCGCUCUUAAAAUCUGGCGACACUAUCUGUAUGGGGUUUCGUGUAGGUUGUUUACCGACCACAAAAGCCUCAAGUAUAUCUUCACUCAAAGAGAUUUGAAUAUGAGGCAGAGAAGAUGGUUGGAGCUGAUCAAGGAUUACGAUCUGCAGCUUGAUUACCAUGAGGGCAAAGCUAAUGUGGUUGCGGAUGCUCUCAGUCGGAAGUCGAAGCAUUCUAUUAAUGCAGUUAGUGUUCCGCCGAGGGACUUAUGUGAUGAAUUUCGGAAGCUUGAAAUCGAGGUGGUACCUCGGGGUUCGGUGGAAACUCUUUGUGCUAUGAGUGCCGAGCCUGCCUUGUUCCAAGAGUUGCGAGAGAAGCAGAAGAAUGAUCCUAAGUUGGAAAAGAUCCGUGAAGCUAAGGCUCAGGGCCGAGCCGAAAUUUUCGAAGUCGAUUCCGAGGGAGGUCUAAAGUUUAUGAGUCGUUGGUGUGUGCCUAAUGACUUGGAGCUUAAGAAGAAGAUUCUCGAGGAAGCUCAUUAUUAUGAUCGAGCAUCAAAGACCGGGUGGUUUGCUACACCAUUACGAAUUCCUGCGUGGAAGUUCGAUUCUAUCUCGAUGGACUUUGUUAUGGGUCUUCCGAGAGCUGCUGGUGGUAAAAACGCAUUAUGGGUGAUUGUGGACCGGUUGACUAAGGUAGCUCGGUUUAUUCCGAUGAAGAAUACUUAG